CGACGUGAGUCUCAGGAUCUGCCGGAAGUGCUGCUCGGUGACUGUCAUGGCGCUGAGCAGCCUCUCUGGGUCGCUCCCUGACUCUGUGGCCCCCGACAUGCAGAAUGUGAAGCAGCUGUCGGGAGAGGUGAGGGACAGAGUCCCAGCAGCUGGGGAUGUGAUAGAAACCCCCCGGGGGCCUGACUGGUAGUGUCCCCCUCUAAGGUCCUGCUGUGUACGUACACUGAGAUUGGCAGCCAGGCCUUCACUGCAGCUCUGGGACAUUAGGGGCUCCAGUCCAACAUUAAUUGUAUCCUAACCUAAUUGUGACCCUAAGAGAAGUUGUUACUAAUAAUUGUGGCCCUGGAACCAAUUGUGGCCCUAACCCCUAUAAUUGUGGCCCUAACCAUAAUUGUGGCCCUAACCAUAAUUGUGACCCUAACCAUAAUUGUGGCCCUAACCAUAAUUGUGGCUCUAACCAUAAUUGUGGUGACCCUAACCAUAAUUGUGGCCCUAACCAUAAUUGUGGCCCUAACCAUAAUUGUGGCCCUAACCAUAAUUGUGGCCCUAACCAUAAUUGUGACCCUAACCAUAAUUGUGACCAUAAUUGUGGCCCUAACCAUAAUUGUGGCCCUAACCAUAAUUGUGGCCCUAACCAUAAUUGUGACCCUAACCAUAAUUGUGGCCCUAACCAUAAUUGUGGCCCUAACCAUAAUUGUGACCCUAACCAUAAUUGUGACCCUAACCAUAAUUGUGAACCCUAACCAUAAUUGUGGCCCUAACCAUAAUUGUGGCCCUAACCCUAAAUGUCUUGGCUCCCAGUGCUGCAGUUAAGCUCCUAAGUGUAAGCUCAAUGUAACAGUGAGUUUUACAUUGUAGAACCCUCACUGAGCAGCCCCUUGAUCCAUUAUGAACACUAAUGAUUGACUUGGGGUCUCUUCCAGUGGGGAUGACUGGCACUAGACUGCCAGACCACUGCGAGAGAUGCCAGACGUUGCUGAGGUAGAGGCCAAUUGUUGACAUUCAGGAACGUUACUAGGGUCCACUAAGAUUGGCUACCUGUUGGUUGGUGAGGCUGUUAAAGGCUGCUCGUCAUUUUGGAUUCAUGCUAGUGGCUACCGGCCAUCCGGGGUGCACAGUAGAGGCUAUUUGCCAUCAGGGGUGCACACUUGAGGCGACUGGUUGGUCAAGGCAGAUUUUAGUGCCUAUUGGUUUAAUGCAAGAGGUCCUAUAAACCCUGGUUGCCUGGCAAGUUCAUGGGAGGGGGCACUGGGCUACUUUAUGGAAUGCUAGAGUCCUCUCAAGUCACUUGACAAUACUUGUAAAAAUCCAAGUAAUUACUGCCUAAACAUGUACCUGGAUUGCCAAAUGUUAAAGCACUACAUUCACAUACGUAAACAAAUGAUUAUUUGCUAAACUUCAAAGUUGGACAAACUAAAUCUGAAUGACAAAGCUGGAGCAAGAAUAGGCAAGUUUGUGGCUAUGGUUGAGUUGGAAAAAAAUUCUUUAUCAGUUUUGAUUUUUAUUUAUUAUGAGAUUUUACUUGCAAAGCUUAGUGAACAAUCUUGUUAAAUGUAGUCCAGUUACAUGCUAUCUGUCACGAUCACUCACCUCAACAGACUACUAUUUAUUUUUGUCCAGUAGGGGGUGUGACAUGCAAACACUUGGUUUGAAAAUCCAACCUAAUAGAGAGUAUAUAAGAUGUGUUUAACCUGGAAACAAUCCUUGAAUUUGAUGUGAUUGGGACAGACUGAUCAUCCAAGUUAGUGGUUAUUUUGGAACUUCUCAUGAUGAUUAUGGAGAUGGCACAGAUUCCAUAAUUAAAUAACUUUGAGGAGAAAAACAAUUCGAAUUGGCCGUAUGAUGCCUUUAGGUAUUUCCAGUCUUUUUGAUGCUAAUUUUUUUAGUCUUAAUAAAAGUGUUUUUUCCAUUGUGUUUAAAUCUUUCCAUUGGAUUGGAGACAUACUUUAAAUAAGCCUUUCUUCCCUCCUGCAGCAAGUUUCCCGGCUCAGCAAAGUGAUAUUUUCUUUUUUGAAAGAACAAGAGGCGGUAAGCAUCAUUCUGCUACACAUUUAUUGUUCGUACAUUUCAAUAUAAUCUGUUGUUUUUUUUUUUAAUUGGAGUUUCAUAUAAGUAUGAACAUAAUAUAUAUAUAUAAUUUUUUUCUAGUGGACUAAAGCAAAUCAGAUAGCAUAAAAUAAAGGGGCACUCUAAGCAACGUACAGCUCAAUGUACUUUGUUUUGUCCAUUUUUGAGCAAUUUAACAAAAAUUAGAACCCUCCACAAUACAACACAGAAACCAACCCACUCUUCAGCAGAGAUCAUAAUGCGGAAUUUUCUCAUUCGCCAAUAAAUUCUGCCCAACAUGGCUGGCAGUGAUAGGCAGAAAGUGUGAGCUAUAGUCAAUCAUCAAUGUCUAAAUAGGAAUAAAUUGAUAAUGAUAGUGCUAAACUGUAAAUACCUCAUUAUCAGGUCAACUGCAGAAGGGGUAUUCUCUGGCUUGUGGGGUUUUUGUGAAACCACCUUGAAACAGUGGCCAUACACUUUGGCUAUAUAACCUACACUGAGAUGUAGUGGCUACGUUGGUUACUGUUUCUAAAUGGUGAUAGCACCAAAUAACCUCAACGCAGAAUCAAUAAUAAUAACAAAGUAUUUAACCAGGAAAGAUACUGUGGCGGACCGCCGGGUGCCUCCGCCAAUCGAUGCUCCUAGUGCUCACCGAAUACUUCCAGCACUUCACCAGACACCAUCAGCACUCUAGUCUCCACUUCCAGUGUUAGAACCUGGUUGGGGUUUCGCUGUCCUCCACCCACCUUGGACCCAAGACCAGGAUCCAGCUUCCAGUGGGUAUACCUCUCCUCUAAGAGAGUGUAGCAAUAUGCGCUUAAAAGAGCAAGUGAUUAUAAUCCCAGGGGAGUAUAGUGAUAUAGCAAUCCCCAGGGUAGGUACAUCCAUUUCCCCCACACAUGAGAUGAGACUCUAUGUUGAGGGUAAGCAUUAACUCAUUUAUUGGUAGCCACAAAAGGUCCCCAUGCAAGAGGCACUCCCCCUGGACCUGAGAGUAGACUACAGUAAAAACACACACAAUUACAUUGACUCUCAGGUCCAGGACACUCCCACAUAAAACAAGAUAAUCCUUCCUCUGUGCCUGGGAGUGUGGCAGACCGCCUGGCACCCCAACCAGGUGCCUCUGCCAAUCGCUGCUUCCUUAGUGCUCACAGAGUACCAGAAGCACCGCACCAGACACCCACAGCACUGUAGUCCCCACUUCCAGUGUUACAGCUUGGUUGGGUUCUCGCUGUCCUCCACCCACCCAGGAUCCAGACCUGAGAGCAAACCACAGCAGAAACAAAGACGAGAUUACAUUGGCUCUCAGAUCCAGGACUGUCCCAUACAUAAUAAGACAAUCCCUCCCCUGUGCCUGGGAGAUACUCCGUAUAGUCCAAAAUACCGAACGUAACAGUUCGUGGGUAAACUCAGUCUAUGCCUCUCAUCGAAUGCCACUCUUCUCAUAAGAACGCCACCGAACAUACUUGGAGAUGGAAGUCCCAGCGGUGUUUGCGCCGUCGAGUGUCCAAAUAUAGUUCCAUGCACUCGACGACCAAACGUCACUGUCUGUGUUCACGGCUACAGAUGGCCGCCGCCACGUCUUCGCACGUACGAACGGCCACCCAGCUAACCACUUAGAACAUUGCGGUUAAGGUGUUGAUAGGGGUCAAAAGAGUCAGCAAGCAGCACACGACUGUUCUGGGUUGUCGGUCCGUUCGACAGUUCAUUCAGUAUACGAACAACAUUAGUCUGAUCCGUUCGGCAAGCCCGAAAUACCGAACCAUACAAGUACAAAAGGCACGAACAGUGUAUGUAAGCAAGGUUUAUCACAGGGGUUAUAGUCCUGGGGCAAGAGGAUGGCAAGCAAGCCCCUCCAAGAACCAGUGGUGAGGUUCUUUUCGCCACAGUACAUUCAGAUUACUCUGGUAAUAAUUGCUUUUUAUGUUCAUAGCAGUUUUUAAUCACCUGCGAAAGGUUGCUGGCUCUUAAAUUCAAACUAUACCCCUUGUUUAUUAAUAAAUAAAGCAUACAAAUGAUUGCAUUAUUUGUGUGUGCGUGUUAGUGGCGUCAUGUGACUUUUCUUAUGGAACGUGCCCUCCAAUACUCAAGCAAAGAUUGUCUUAAAAAGAUUGAUUAAAUUAAAUUCUGAUUCUUUUGGGUUUGGGUUUUUGUUACCAUUAUAGCCCUUCACGAGGAUGCUUAAUUUUGCAGAUGUUUUUAGAGUGUCCGAUUAGGAAAGGUAGACGAGGGAAAGAAGUGACCCACUGGUGUGUAAUAUUCUGUAACCGUUGGGAUCACUGCUACAUCAUUACUUGUUCCUCCUGCAAAAAUUAUGGCUUUAUUUGUCUUUUUUUAUUUUUGUGUGUUUACCAUGUUCUUUGCUGCAGGCAGAAUAUUUUACAUCUCAGCUCGGUGAAUUUGCCAAGGACAAUGGCAUUAGUCUGGGGCCUUUGAAAAGCAUUGUGAAAAGUGUCCUCCUUGUUCUGAAUGGUGAGUACAGCCUUAUUAACAUCUUUGUGCUAAAAAAACAUGUUAUCUGGGUGAUCCCUUAAAGUAUUAGAAGAAGCUGAUCCAAUUCCCUGUAUUCCGUUAAUUUCUGGAGCAGAGUAGGAUAUACUGGGGACCCCAGUUCCUGUAUCUUUCUCUAGAUACGCUUUGCAAAGGAAAAAUUAUGCAAUUAGAGGGUGCUCUACUAGAGAGCUGGAGGAUAAGUCUCCUCUUCUUUCCUGUCACUUAAUAUUCUGCUAGCGAAAUAUAUGGCUUAAUUUUUAUUCUCUUUUAAUUAAUGUAGGGUGACCUGUACCAAGACAGGUAUGCUUUAAAGCAACUUUAAAAAAAUAUUAUGCUUAGUAGAUUUAUUAAUAUUCUUUUUAUAAAAAUUAGAUUAUGGGGGUGGCGGAACUAAGCACUGGAAGCAAUCGGAUGCACGAAUGAAGAGCUCUGUGCUAAACACAGCAGAAAAGCGCCUAAAACCUGCUAAACAUCCCCAAAAAUACCUCACCUUGCAGCUCCGGUUUCCAUGGGUCGCAAGACGAAAAAGCCCAAACCCGGUAAGCCCAGACCGGGCAUGAACAUUGGGGAAAUGCUCCGGCAAGCGCAUGGCACGUAUGGGCCCAAGAUGGCCACCGACAUAGACUCAUACGCUGACUCUUUGGAGGAAAUAUCUCUGGGCACGGAGAGCACGGCAGUGCCUCUGCCGAAACACCCUAAGCAGAUCCCACAAGGCGAUGGCCCAGCUCUGGUGACUGAGAAGACCUUUCAGGACAUGCUGUCUGACAUACAAAAGACCAUAGAAAGCAGAUGUAGCUGCACUCCGGGUUGAGCUCACGAGCCUAUUGGGCAGACUGGGAAUGGUGGAGACUGCCACGGAGUCACAAGCCCUAAAUAUACUCACCCUCAAACAAGAGGUCCAGGCACUAAAUAAAACACAUGGUCUUUGAGCAGCGCUUUGCCACCAUGGAAGACGCAAGACGCCGCAACAGCCUUAAAAUCAGGGGAGGACCGGAGUAAAUGCCAGCACAGGAGCUUACACACUUUGUAAGGCGACUUAUAACUGCCCUACUUGCGCCAAAGCAAGUGAAGUAUGUUACCUAUGAUGGCAUCUUUGGAAUUCCAAAACCAAUGAAGGCCACAGAGACUGCACCAGAGACCUGAUAGUGCGCUUUCAAAACCACAAAGAUAAGGCAGUGUUUCAGUCAGCAUUAAAAGGGAUAUCCCCUUACUCAUUUGAAAAUAUUGCAUUAACAUUCUACGCUUAUCUGCCAGGAGACACUCUUCAAUGGCGGAAAACUCUACACCUCUUUACUGCCAUACUCCGAGAACGUGGCAUCCAGUAUCGCUGGCGUCCCACACGGACUCUGUUGGUCCUGCACAGCGAAUCCACUCACCCUGUUCAAGAUCUGCGGAGAGCGGGAGAAAGAGAAGCACCCAAAUCAGCCCACAGAUGGGAUCCCACGAAGGUCCUGCCGUUUAUCCCUUAGAAGACACACUCUGACGCUAUAACUGCAGCCAUUCCUUGAAGCCUCUCACCACCUACUGGGCUUCGUUCAACCUAAUUGACCAGAACUGUACAUAGCUUUUCACUGUUUGUUUUUUGAGCUCCAAGUUACUUUAUUUUAUUUUGUUUUAAUUCAUUUCUCUUUUACCAAAUAAUGGGCUAUUAUAUUUCGCUUCUAUAUAUAUGACGCACCACACGUUCAGAUGAGUCGUUAAAGACUCUCUGUUUCGUAGUCUCCCCACAUAACCAUGCUACAUAGCCUCCCGAGGCAAUUCAUGAAUUAGAUUAGCACUCAGCCUUCACCAGGGUUCACCCAUCGUACACUUGUAGAUGUAAACGAGGUGGAAGGUACAGGAGAGCAGUAAGAGAUGCAACUUCACCCAGUUGGUUCGACAGGCUCUCAAUAGACAGAGCUACCUAGCAAUAGCUGCUUACCCUCGGGGGUUGAUACCGUCACAUACCAUUAGCCGACACACUGCAAGUUCAUUGCUACAUUUUUUUUUUUAGCUUAACAAUAUAAAAAUGUGCUGUGACAUCUUGCUGUACCACUGAUUUGAUAUGUUGAUGGUUUAAGUGCUUGCUUUGCUGUUGUGGCAUAGUAAGCUCUAAUGUCUUUUUUUUUAUGUGCAACAAAAAUAAUUAAAUAAUUAGAUUAUGAAUUGUAGGGAAAAAAAAGGAAAAAUCACAUCUUAUAAAGAACAUGCACAGAAGUAAAUGUUUCACUAAUUUUAUGUUUCUAUUAUGCCAGUAUAAUUUGUCUGGUAUUUUUAUAAGAUAACUAUGAUUUCAGCACUGAUCUAAACCUCUUUAUUCUUCUAAGAUGCCCUGAGAAGAAAUCUUUCAGCUGAACAACUUAAAGCAGACUUUCUAGCUUUGGGUAAGCUUCAUCACGGCCCGUAUGUUCUAGUGCAAUAUUUCUGCUAAUUGCUCCAAAUUCGGUCAUGGUUUCCCCAGCAUUUGCUGUAAGGUGGUAGAGUUCUGAUAUUAUGUCUGUAACUUGCAGGUCUUGAUGAAGAAAGGGCUGGCUGUUUUGCAGAUGAGGUAAGGGUUUUCUUUCUGCUUUUAUUCAUUUGGUUGCCCGGCAAGUGAAAAUAAACCACAGGGGGGGGUUGAUGAUAAAUAUAAAAUCUGGGUCAGUGUUCUAAAGGUGGAGCAGACACCAUGGAAACCUGGGAAAUGUUCCUGCUAAUUGUUUCCCCUAUAAAACCCUGCCCACCCCAUAAUUCUUAUUAUGGGGGUGGGGGGUAUUUUUGUAAAAAAAAAUUUUACACACAUCCGGGCUGGUCACCCAUCUUUAACUUAAACAGAAGUGCUCAGUCUGGCUCUUUAUACUGGUUUGUGCAUUAUCCUUUUGAACCUGAUCUCUCUUCCCUGACCAUGAUGAAGUGUCACACUGCUCAAAUUAUUAUUAUUUUUUUUUUCUGUAAAGCUUUAUUCAUGCCAUAUUAAUCAGUUAAUUUAUUGUAUUACUGCAUUUACUAUAGAGCCAUUAGUUACCUUCUACACUUUCUGUUAGGGGGUCCCUCCGCCUUCCACCCUCUAUCUUUAAUUCCUGCCUUUUCCUGUAAUAUGUCUAGGAAACUCUUACAAGAAUAAGAACCCACUUAAACUACAAAAUUCACUUUUUCAUGCCUAGCAAUGGCCAACCUUCACUCAGUUGAGGCUGAGCAUCAUGGGACAUGUAGUUCAGGGUGACCAUUGUUAACCGUCACUGCCUUAGGAAACUAAGAUCAGGAGCUGGCUACACGAUAUUGCUGCUACACCUCUAUAAAGUGUAAAGACCAUUUUUCCUGUUUUGAUUAAAUAUAAGGUCCUAUAUGUCCCCAUUUUGUCCUGCACACCAAUGAUAUUGUAAAACCUAUCUUUCUUUGUUUAUUUUGAGAUCAAUAUCAUUACUAAUAUACUGGGUCUAUUCGUGGUUUGAUCUUCUGAUAUCCGACAUUUUCAUUCUAGUGGAGUCGAGAUGCGUCUGUUUUAACGCAGCUGGUGGUUGGUCGCACUUUAAGUAUUAAUCAGCUGGUGGACAUGGAAUGGAAAUUUGGAGGUAAUUGUUACUAUAAUUGGGUUCUGGCUGCAAGAUUUUUUUUCUCAUUAGUAUCACAAUCGGAUAUUUUUAAAAUUUUUCCCCCCCCUUUAUUCUAGUAACUACAGCAAGCAGCGAGUUGGAGAAAGCUGGAAGUAUCUUUCUACAAGUGAGUAUUUCACAUUCAUAUUAUUAAGACAUAUUUUCCCUUUUUUUUUUUUUUUUUUUGAGUAUUAAAGGAACACCCCUUGCACCAUAACCACUACAGCUCAAUGUAGUGGUUAUGGUGGAGGGAGUGCUAUAGCGCCGUCCCACGAUAAGAUGUCAAGUGCCUUUACCACAAUUUGAUAUCUUACCUGUGACAUAUCUGUUCUUCCCCACUUGAUACCUAAAGUGUCUGUAGAGUGAAGUAGGGCCAAGGCAGGACAGCACUCAUUGGCUGAGAGCUCAAAGCAGACGAGCAUGUCCCAAAGUGGUUUUGUCGGAUAAGAUCAGUCCCCAUAGGUGAGAAUAAAACAUGUUUUCUGUGGAUAAUUUUUAAUGUUUUCAUUUAGUGUUUUUUUUUUUUUUUAAAUUUAUUUUAAAAUAAAAUGGCAAUAUCUUUUUUUAAAAUUGACGCGUACAUUCAUAGAAGCAUACUGCGUGUGUUUGCCUGUACUCGUCUCCACCACACAGUCAGAGAGGGGUUGGGUGUGUGGUUUCGGUGCUACCAUGUACCCAAGCUGAUCAGCAAUGACUUGCUGAGUGGAGCCAUCCGCUGCCGUCUGCAGUAGAAAGAUCUAUCACUACUACUGUCAAUGUUUCAUAUAAAAUGUAAUCCAUGAAUGCUGCCCCAGUGUAAGGAUAUCACUAUGAGUUAUGAUCCAUAUUAAUUCAGGUUCAAUCACUGUGUUUUUUGUUAUUUUCAGCUGAAGAUGGUUACUAAAAGAGGAAACAAGCCUGAACCUGUAUAUGUGGGUGAGUGUUUUGGAUUUAAAGUGCCAUGUUAGAUUUCAGGAAUCAAUCAAUCAAAUCAGUUAAACUCUGAGUGAGAUAUUCACUAAAGUUUGAACUGUGGGAGAUUCGAUGUGAAUUGUAUAUGUCAAAUUGAACUGAAUAUAUAGCAAAUGUGAAUAUUUUAUUUUCAUUUGGCUACUGUGGUUAAAAAGUUUGAAAUUCCAUUCUGAAUUUAAGACAAUUCAAACUUUGUGAAUACGCUUAACACUUUGAAUAUUAUUUGGUAUAAACUCUUACCAGGAUUAAAGCACCUGUUACACGGUUUCCUGAGGUUUGAAUACAAGUCUGUUGGUGUUUUCAGAUUUCUAUUGGUUUAUUUUAAUUAAAGGGACAGUCCACCAUAGACUGUAUGUGAGUUAAUGAUAGAUAACCUUGGCACAUCAGAUGUCAUAUGAGCUACACAACACACUUAAAACAUGCAAGGUGUGCCAUCAGAUUUUAUAAUAAUAAUAAUAAUUAAAUAUUGUGUGUUUUUUCUUAUCCCACUUCCAUUAGAAUUUAAACUUAUUUGAGGAUAACUCAAACCAUGUCUUGUUCCUCUAAGCCACGCUUGUCUUGUUUAUGUACUUAUGUCGACACCACCCGCUGUACAGCUCUGUGAUGUUGAUAUUUAUGAAAGUCAUAUGUAGUAGUAGCCUCGAGAAGAGAAGAUUGGGUUCUCUCUCAAUUCUCCUGGAUCUUGACUCGGGGCUCUGGGAAUAUUGCUUUGAUUCAGUACACAGCAAGGAAUGCAAGAGAGCCCUAACGCGUUCUCUGCCAUUGGGGGAAACAAAGAUAGUCUGCUCCAUGACAGCCUAUGGGGUCAGGUGAGAUAAAUCUUUUCAUUAUCCCUGACAAACCCUCAGAGGCAUGUUCCAUUUCUGUCUUGCCAUAAUGACUCUGUGAGACAAUAUUGAAGAACUAUCUGAGCUCUGUACAGAACACAUUUUUCAGUGAAAAUGGUCACGAUAUUAGAAAAAUGUAAUGAAAUCCAUUCAUUCUAUUAGUAGUUUCAAUUUACUGGGGUUUCCCUGUAGAAUGAGCAUCUCCAGUCUUUACUGGUCCUUUAAAUAUGUAACAGUAUGCAUCCAUGAGGAAUGUAUAAAUAUUAUGUUCAGUUGAAGCAUCUUCAGUGCGAAGGUGGUACUAUAUUUUAAUUAUGUGUGGCCCAUGGAUUUACUCUGCCAUACACCCGAGAACUUGCAGUAAAGUGUCUUCUUAUAAAUGGCUAUCUCCUGUGACGCAUGUUGAAAAAGCAAUAUGGCUACUUCGGUUCAGGUGACAGUGUCCCUUUAACAGAGUUUUUCGUUCCAGAGCUGACCUUGCCGCAGUUUUACAGCUUCUUGCAUGAGAUGGAGCGGGCGAAGAGCAGUCUCGAGUGCUUUACAUGACGAGGCGCAGCUAGACGUCUGUGAACUGGAUUCCUGAAUAACAAAUGUUUUAAGACCAAAUCCUUCUGUAUCCCCUCCCCUCACUCUAUAGGAAAGUGAAAAAUCGUGCUGUCUGUCAGUGCGGCCACACGCUGAGUUUGUGGGAAGAAAUCUGACCCACAAAUAAACUGUACAGUGGGUUCGUUAUAUCUGGAACCUGUUCUAGAACAAAGUAAAAUCUCUCCUCUUCUGUAUUUACAUUCAAACAGUGCAUAUAUGGAUGUAGAUGUCGAUAUUCUACUUGUACAGAUUAUGGGCUGUUAAAGCUGCAAGCACAUUCCUGUUUAGUAGAGGUUACAAUAUAUCACUCUGUGCUGUUUUCUCCAUCAAGCUGGAAUUCGUUUUGUACCACUGUUAGGGAGGAAAUUAAGGCUGAUUUCCUUUGAUACAUUGUGAUAUAGGGGUCAGAUCUUGCCCCCCGUGGGAGUUUUAGUCCUAUACGCAAUCCCCACUUCUUGCUACAAUUGCAGACUCACACAUUGUUCUCUCUCCUUAAAUUUCCUCCUUCGGUUAUUCGACAGACAGACUGAGCCUCUGCUGUGAUCGUGGCUCACAAUCGCUGUUUGUUCAGGGAAAACCCAGCACUUAUUGUCACUCUGGGUAGCCUAACCUCAACCCUGUCUGUUGUAUCUGAUUCUCUCUGGAUGAACUUGUUCAGAAAUAUAUAUUCUAUUAUAAUCAAGCUGAGUUUUUUUGUAACCCUUACAUUGCCAGAGAAAGUAAAAAUGUAUGUGUGCAUGUCACUAUAGUUACAUUUACUGUAUUUUUUAAGAUCCGUUGUUUUGUGAAUUAACAUUUCCUCUGCAGAUGUUUCCCAAGAUGUCCACUUAGCAUCGUGGGAAACCUAAAGUGCAAUGAUAUGCAGUGCCCUUGUUGGCUAUCCUUCACAGUCUGAUACGAUAUUCUGUGCUUUAUGCUUCGUUUAUCUUUCCAUAAUUAAGAACAAGUCUAAAUUAGACAGUUUAAAGAGACACUCUACAAUUUAUUGAUUUUUUCAUUCAAUGUUUUCUGUCUGAACAUUCUCUACACUGAAGCCUGAUCCUCCUCCAGUGAAGUCAUCGAUUCUGGUGACUUUCGUCUAAUCAGAUGCUGAGUUAUUGAGAACACCCAGGGCAAGCGUGGCAGUCACCGCAUUCCUCCAAGCCAGUGCUUCUCAGAGAAGCAACAGCCACAUUCCGCAUCAUGCUGUACGUUAUGACAGCGAACAUAAAACCUUUUAGGCAAAAUGUAAUGUUUUUACAUUGCCAGAGGAAAGGGAUGGCAUCUAUGCAUUAAAACCUCUACAUUAAGAUGCAGUGGUUUUGGUGCUUUGUGUCCCAUUAACCAUGGCUUCCUGGUAAUAAGGCAUUCUGGAGCGUUGUUUCUCGUUAGAAUUUAGUUAGCAUUUCCUAAGUUUACAGUAUCAGAAAUUAAAGCAGCUCUGUUACCAUCUGGGAUCUUUGCAUAUUUUGCAAAGACCCCCAACAGUGACGGCUCCGUUUAGUGGGGUGCCGGGGAAGUUGAGUUUUACUUAUUUCAACUUGUCCCUUGCGGCUCCUGUCGGUCUUCUUCAGCUCCAUCUGCCAGUAACUUUUGUUACUCUAAGGAGAUUCCCACCAGACUGCAGGAUCCUCAAUAGACAAUGCCUUUUUCCAUGCAGACGUCUCUUGUGACAGCUGGAGGAAAUGACAAAAUGUGAGAGCGGUAUCUCCGCAGUAAUCCCUACUGUGUCUUAGUAUAUCUAUUGGGGUGGGCGACCUACCCACUUUAAAUGUAUAACUUGUAUAUGAAGUUGAAUAAAAUGCAGCAAUUCCAUUAACACUCUGACAUGAGCUUCUGUCAAAGGGAACUUUACCUGUACCAUUCAUGACGCUUCUUUUAAAUAAACAUCUGCUUAUCAAGCUUCAUUUAGUGUGGAUAUUAAGAUGGUUUAUGUUUUUAAUGAUCUUAAAAGGUAUUCCUAAGCUUUGUGAUAAAGUAUUUGCUUCAACAUUUUCUUAUCUAUGGAAACAAUUUAUUGUAAAGAAAGAAAGAAAAGUGGUUUUAAAUGUUUCAUGAUGCUGCAAGUGCCAAACACAUUUUUAUUGUAUUCUCUGGACUGGAUACAGUCCGGGCUCCCUC